AUGGUUCCUGAAGAGCUGCGACGACAGCUCAAGCUAUUGUACAAGGGUGCCAGCUUCGCAGAGCUGAAGUCCAGAGGUGAUUUUCCAUACUUGUCCAGACCAGAUGAGGUGACCCUUUUCGUAGAGGUCCACAUGCGUCGAUUUGGUGCAUUUGCACAAGGUCCAUCCGUGGCCCAAGUGGAUGAUGUGGCGACGGAUAAAGGGGCUGACAUUCUUCGAGACCCAGGCCAUCAAUGCUUGGGUUGUCAUAUCUGUACAGCGUGCAACAUGGCGUGUCGGCGUCUUCGCACUGGACACCAGCAUCCAAUUGAAACAGAAAGCAAAGUAACCAAACGUGAGUUUAAGGCGGCUGGCGGAUCAAGUUUCAGAAAUCGCUUCCGACAUGUCUGGAGGAGUCGUGUCAAUGUACGACUCCUCCACUACAUUCCAAUCUAUGCCCGAUGUAGCGGGCGAUGGCCUGAGGUUGUGACAUCCUUCCAGUUCUGGCAACGUUCACGUACUGUCACUCCUGAGGGCCGUUGCUUAGUCUCUUGUGAUAUCAGUGCAGUAUCAGUGCAGGUACACAGAUCUGGCGAAACUAGAUGA